UCAGAGGCCAACCAUUGUAACCUGUUUUCUUUCUCCAACGCCUUGCCUCCUUUCCUCGCCAUCGUCGCCGCCGCGUAAAUGGCCGGCGAUCCACCCCGAGACUUCACAUUGGACCUACCUGACGACUGCCUGGAGAUCGUAUUCCACCUCCUGGGGGCCGAUGACCGCAAAUUUUGUUCCCUCGUCUGUCGUCGCUGGCUCAAGGUUGAGGCCCACACCCGCCGCCGCCUAACCCUCGAUGCCCAAUCUUCCCUCAGCGAAGCCCUUCCCUCUCUUAUCGCACGAUUCGAUGCCGUCUCGAGUCUCUCCCUACGCUGCGACCGCCUAUCCGAUAGCAUCGGCGAUGAUGCCCUCGAUCUCAUCGCCCGCAGCUGGCCUUCCCUUGCCCGGAUCAAGCUCCGAUCCUGUCGCCGCGUCACCGACCUGGGCAUGUCCGCCCUCGCCGCUGGCAUCCCUUCUCUCCGGCGCCUCUCUGUAACCUCCUGCUCCUUCGGCACCGCCGGGCUCGACGCGGUCCUCCAGGGGUGCCCCUGCCUAGAAAAUCUAUCGAUCAAGGGCCUUCGAGGCCUUUCCAACCUUCCCCACCAGGUCGUACGCCUCGCAGCCGCGUCAUCCGCCCUCCUCUCCAUCUGCCUCAACGAACUCUACAAUGGCCAGUGCUUCGCCCCGCUCAUCGCCGCCUCUCCAAACCUCAGAACCCUCAAAAUCAUCCGCUGCUCCGGCGAAUGGGAUUCCCUCCUCAAGUUGAUCGCCGAAAAGGUCCCACAAAUCGUUGAGAUCCACCUCGAGAAGAUCCAGGUCAGCGACCAAGGUCUUUUUGCCCUCUCCUCCUGCCCGGACCUGGAGGUGCUCCGCCUCGUCAAAACCCCUGAAUGCACCGACGCCGGCGUCAUUGCGAUUGCCGAGAAGUGCCACCGCAUACGCAAGAUCCACAUCGAUGGCUGGAGGAUGAACCUGAUCGGCGAUUACGGCCUCAUGGCCAUUGCCAAAGGCUGCUCGGAGUUGCAGGAGCUCGUCCUGAUUGGUAUAAACCCGACAGUGCAGAGCAUGGAGGUCAUUGCGAGCAGCUGCCGGGGCCUCGAGCGCCUCGCGCUAUGUGGCUGUGAAACCAUUGGCGAUGCCGAGGUCGCUUGCAUUGCCACCAAGUGCACGGCCAUGAGGAAGCUCUGCAUCAAAGGCUGCCCGGUGACAGACCGCGGGUUGGAGGCCCUCGUCGAGGGUUGCCCCAAUUUGAUGAAGAUCAAGCUGAAGAGGUGCAACAGAGUGACUCGGCAGGGCUUGGACCGGUUAAUGUCGGCCCGGGGUACGCCGCUGGCUGUCAGCUUGGACGCGAUGAACUUGCAGGAGUCUGAUGUGGGCAUGAGCGAGAACGGGAUGCUGGAAAGUGGAAGCGAAGAAGCCGUUUCUUCUCGCGCGGACUAAACCGUGCAUGAUCUUGGAUCUUCCUCGAAGUAGUAAUGAUAGAUCUUCACUGAUAAAUUCAAGAAUGAGGAGGAGGUGAUGAUUCUCAUCCUUGGCGAAACUGGGGUAUAAUCUGUUGUUUGUGAAGUCAUGAUCGAGCUUCACUGAAAAUUUGUUGUUUGUGCUGCUCUAUAUAAUGUAUGCUGGAUAAACUACUUGCUGCUAAUGUCUCUGUACAUAUUUCUGUUAUAAUGAUUUAUAACCACAUUCCUGCUAA